AUGGAUUCCAUGUUCAAAUAUGAUUCGUUGCCGGUCAUUAUUUUGAAAGUCUUUAAUUCGAUUUCGCCGGUCAAUGCAUUCAAAGAAAUGCUCAUCUUAGUUAGAGGAUAUAAACAAUCUGGAAAGUCCCAACUAAUCAAUAGAAUGACAGCAAAACCAUUCAAUCAAGAGUAUGAACCAACAACAAUCACUCAAACCAACCAGAUAUCAUGGAAUUCCAAAAAUAAGCAAGGUGAGAAGAUCAAGAUCACAUUACUUGACGUUGUCAGUCCAAAUGCAUUGAUUACUUCCACAGCUCAAGGAAAUCCAAAUGGAAUUAUUGUAAUGUACGAUCCAAGAGAUAAUAAUUCCCUUCAAUAUGCAAUCGACGUUAUAGAGCAAACACCAAAAACCAUACCAAUUGCUGUACUAUCGAACUUUCAAGAUAUAAUUCCAACAGAUAUGCAUCCAAAGCUUGAAUAUCUUUCACAUAGAUUUUUCCAUGUAUGCAGCAGCAUGAAAACUAACCUUGGAUUAGAAGAAAUAGCGAAAUGGCUUGAAUAUCCAAGAGCAAAUAUGAGAGUUACUAUUUAUCAACAGUUAAUCAACCAAUCUGAUCGCGGAAUUUCAAGGCUUCUCGAACUAUUUACUCCAGGUGGUCCAAAAACCAUCAUUCCCCAAACUUUUGUUGGCGAUGAUUUAUUAAAUGAACCGGAUGCGGCCGGAUUUUGGAGUGACGAAGACGAAACGCCUCAGCAGACAGAAAAGCGACACAAGAAGCAUCAUAAGAAGCAGCAAUCACAAGGAAAUCCAGCUGUUUUGAAGAAAAGACGUCCUGCAGUUGAAUUUUCUAGUUCAAGGACACAACAACAAGCUACAUCUUACGAAUCAUUUAAUAAUGAUGACGAUGACUUGAUGAAUGGUAUUGUAGAAGCUGCUCAAGCUGCAAAAGCAGUUGUAGGAAAAGAUGAAAUUGAUUUUGACGAAAUAGGAAAUGAAAUCAAACCAGUUACAAGACAACAGAUACAGCCAAAGAAAUCAAUGGGUAGAAAACAUCAUAGAAAAGGACAUCCAAAACAAAGUAUUCAGCCAAUACAAGAAAACUCGAAUAACUACCAACAAGUUGUUAUUCCAACUGUUGUUCAGCAACAAGUAGCUCCUUCUCCUUCAGCUUCUGCUCCUCCUGGCUAUGAUUCUUUUUAA